CAGUCAGCGGCAAAAAAAAAACGGUAUCACGGUGACUGACCGUGACACAAGUGCAACAUCGGCGCAAGUCACAAGCCAAGAUGCGUGUUGAAGCUCUUCUCACCCUCCUGCCGGCGCUUGGCGCCCACGGCAUCCGCAUCAUCCAAUCCAACGACGAUGGCUGGGCCGAGCAGUAUCUCCGCUCGUUUCACAACGCCCUGGUCGCCUCGGGUCACGAUGUGGUUUUGUCUGCGCCUGCCGAGAACAAGUCGGGAUCAAGCUCCCUCGACAUCGAGCCCAGCCCGAGGACGACGGCCUGCCAGUACAACAGCUGCCCUGCCAAUAGCGGCCCCAUUGGGCGCAACUCAACUUCUCCGCGCCUCAACUGGGUCAACUCGUACCCCGUGACCUCAAUCCGGUACGGCAUCGACACCAUCGCACCUCCGUUCUGGAACGGCCAGGCCCCCGAGCUGGCCGUGACGGGCCCCAAUGUCGGCAGCAACCUCUACCUGCAGGUCCCCUUCUCGGGCACAGUCGGCGCCGCCGUCUACGCCGCGAAGGAAGCCAAGAUUCCCGCCAUCGCCUUCUCCGGAUCCUCAGGCGGCACCCUGGCCUGGAACUCGAGCCCGGAAGCCCAGCGCAGCGAGGUGUACGCCCAACUGGCCGCCACGCUCACUAACGCCAUCAUCGCCAGCGGCAAGCCCUACCUGCCCGAAGACGUCUUCCUCAACGUCAACUUCCCGGCCGUCGAGGGCGUGUGCACCCAGGCCGGCCAGUUCAAGUGGGUGCUCAGCCGCAUCAACAUGGGCCUGUUCUCGGACCGGGACAUGGAGCUCUGCGGCGAGACGCGGCUGCCCAACGAAGCCUCGGUCGUCGGCACCGACGGCUGCUACGUCUCGGUCAGCGUGGGCGAUGCCAACGACAAGACUACCGCGUCCGCCGACAAGCAGGCUGUCGUGUACAACAAGCUAAAGGGCCUGCUGACCUGCCUGCCGUAAGUGUACUAGAGAGGUGGGAGUCUGUUACUUAAUAUCAUGUAAUAGUCAUGGACAUGUAAUGCAAACAGACUAUAUCAGGUCUCCAAUGAAUGGCUGCGCAGGCGCAAGAUGC